AUGGAUGACGCAGAGGUUCUGAAAAGGAGAGGCUAUGUUAUGGGAAUCAAUCUUGGUGAAGGAUCCUACGCAAAGGUGAAGUCGGCCUAUUCAGAUCGGCUGAAAUGCAAUGUGGCGGUCAAGAUCAUUGAUAAGAAGAAAGCGCCACGGGAUUUCCUGGAAAGGUUUCUUCCCCGAGAGAUUGAGAUGUUGGCCAGAGUGAAGCACCAGGCCAUCAUCAAGACCUAUGAGAUCUUUGAGACCUCAGAUGGGAAAGUCUACAUUGUGACCGAACUUGGAGUACAAGGAGACUUGCUAGAGUUCAUCAAGAGGCGAGGAGCCCUCCCAGAAGACGUUGCUCGGAAGAUGUUCCGCCAGUUAGCUGGAGCCAUCAAGUACUGCCAUGAGUUGGACAUUGUCCACCGGGACUUGAAGUGCGAGAACCUCCUGUUGGACAAAGAGUUCAACAUCAAAUUAACAGACUUUGGCUUCUCCAGGCGCGUGGCUCGUGAUGAGGAAGGCCGGGUCAUGCUCAGUAAAACCUUCUGUGGGUCUGCAGCCUACGCAGCCCCAGAGGUGCUGCAAGGGAUCCCUUACCAGCCCAAGAUUUAUGACAUAUGGAGCAUGGGCGUUGUCCUCUUCAUCAUGGUUUGUGGCUCCAUGCCUUACGACGACUCAAACAUCAAAAAAAUGCUCAAGCUUCAGAAGGAACACCGGGUGCACUUCCCCCGGUCCAAAGUGCUGACAAUCGAAUGCAAGGAUCUCAUUUACCGCAUGCUCCAACCCGAUGUCUCCCGCCGAUUGUGCAUUGAUGAGGUUUUGAUGCACGUCUGGAUGCAAGAACCCAAAUCCAUUUCGGACACCACGGUGGCAAAAACUGGCGAGAGUUCUCAUCAGAACCAGAUCCGGGCCUUAUAUGGCAAAGAGUCGGGCCCUGAGCCCUCAGACAACGAACAAGUGAUCCAAGAAGAAAGGCAUAUUGAUAUGGAGAAACUCUCUGAGCAUGUGCAAAAGCCCUCAAUCUGA